AAGUUCACAGUCAUCGUUCCCAGAGAUACGUGGUGGUGGGUUUACCACCUGUCAUUUGUUUUGUUUUUUGUUUGUUUUGUAUCGUGGCCCUGCCGUGAGUGAAAAUUAUUUCUUGAUCCGUUCGUCCGUGUCCUGUUUCGUCGUCGAAGCAGAUUGUAAAUUCCUCGUGUGGUGGUGAGACGCAGAGCGCUAUGGUCGUCGAAGGCAGCCAGGCGUCGACGGUGAAGUUCUCGUCGAUGGGCUCUCACGAUAAGGAGGAGACGAUGACCUCGUCCACGGACGCGUCCUGCUCUGCGGUGUCCGCCUCGACGGGUCCGUCGGACGGGGUCCGGGAACCUCCGGCGCCGCCUCCCCCGCCGCCGGCCAAGAGGACUACCACGGAGUACGCCCCGGCGGUGUGGAGGACCACGGUCCGCUCGGUGCCUCCCUUCGCCGGGAGCGUGCCCUACACCCUGCCGGCGCUGCUGCAGCAGUACGAGGUCCCCGCCGUGGUGUGCGCCGAGGACGUGAUGCUGUACGCCGGCAUGUACUCGGACCUGCGCGAGCGAGUGGCCCUCAUGCAGGAGACCGUCAACUUCGACACGGAGCUGAUGGUGCGGCGGCACUGCCGUCUGAGGACGCUGCUGUCCAGCUCCGAGUCCGAGGAGGAGAGACUGUCCCGCGCGCUCAGGCUGCUGGCGACCAGGGUGGCCGACAUGCUGGUCCGAGUGCACGAGCUCAAGAGGUCAAAGUUCUCCAAGGACGCGUGGUGACCCUCCUCCCUUUCCCCCUUCCUCCAGAGUCCAGCGUCUGUCCGUCACGGGAGCCGUGGAAGCUUCGCCACCUACUUGUGUAACAUAACCCCCCCGUGUGUCUCGUGAUAAUACAACAAUUCAACAACCAAA